AUGGCAUCUAUAACGCCAGAGUCAUUUGGACAACAACCAACAAUCAUGGAAAAGCUCAAGGAGAAUUCCGAGUCUCUGUGCGGAUCCCAAUAUAUCGAAUUCCGGUAUUUAGAGCUAGAAACACCCUUGCCGACCCCAUGCAUUACUUUACCUCCCGGUCCUGCUCAGUCAGCACCACCGGAACCGCCUAGUCUAGAGGAUUAUAUAUCUCCGUUUCUGUGGCCAAAAUGGCGCAAGUCCAUGAUGACCUAUAUCGCCUGCGGGGUUACUGCAUUGGCGGGUUAUGCAGCGGGCGAGGUCAGCCCUGCAUCGGAGGAAUUGACUAAGUUGUGGGGGAUCAGCACCGUGGUGUACAAUCUGAGCAUCACGCUUUUCUGUUGUGGGUUUGCAUUGGCGCCAAUGGUGCUAGCUCCCUUUUCCGAGAUCAAUGGACGGAGACCAAUCUUUAUUGCCAGUGGAGUUCUCUUCGUUGCUAGCUUAGUUGGCUGUGGAGGUACACAGUCCUUUGCUGGAUUGCUUGUAGCUCGUUUCUUCCAGGGUGUGGGUGGAUCAACAUUCUCCACCAUGGUUGGCGGCGUGAUCAGCGAUAUCUAUCACGCUAAAGACCGUAACACAGCUAUGGCACUCUUCUCGGCAGCUGCUUUGUUUGGUACUGGCCUGGCACCGUUGAUCUCUGGCGUAAUCAUCACACGCACCACAUGGCGCUGGGUAUUCUACUCGCAUGCAAUCGUGUCCGCCGCAUUUGUCAUCGUUAUCUACUUCUUCUUCAAAGAAACGCGCGGCAGUGUCCUGCUAAGUCGCAAAGCAGCAAAGUUAAACGAGUACUACGAGCAACUUGAAGAGGCUGGCCACCACGGCGUAAUCCUGUCGAGCGAAGAUUCUGAAGAAAAAUGCAUUCGUCGAAUCAGAUGGAAGGUCAAGAGCGACGAGCAGCGAGAAUCCAUCGCAACCAUGAUUCAGAUCUCGGUAUCCCGACCAUUCCACAUGCUCCUCACAGAACCAGUGGUCUUCUUCUUCUCCCUCUGGGUCUCCUUCAGCUGGGCAGUCCUCUAUCUACAAUUCGGCUCUGUACCACUCAUCUUCCGCACAAACCACAACUUCACAAUUGAGCAAACCGGCGCCGUCUUCACCUCUAUGUGCGUUGGCGUCAUCUUCAUCACAAUCAUCAGUAUCUACCAAGAACGCAUCGCCAUGCGCUUCGGGAAACACUCCACUUCCCCCGAAGGUAGACUGUAUUUUGUUUGCAUUGAAUCUGUGCUUCUGCCUAUUGGAAUGUUCUGGUUUGGCUGGAGUUCUUUCCCAUCUGUUCACUGGAUCGUGCCCGCUAUGGCCGUUGGUUGUGCUACUAUGGGCAUCUUUUCUAUUUAUCUUGCUACGUUUAAUUACCUCGCCGAUACUUAUCAUCGGUAUGCGAGUUCGGCGAUUGCGGCGCAGUCUUGUUGCCGAAAUUUGCUCGGCGGUGUCUUUCCUUUGGUUACGACUGCCAUGUUCACCAAUCUUGGUUAUCCAGAGGCAUCAAGUCUGCUGGGAGGACUUGGUGCUGCUUUGACUCUGGUCCCCUGGGUGCUGGCCUUAUAUGGACCCAAGAUUCGAGCCAGGAGUAAGCUCGCAAGUGAGCUCGCACAUUAA